AUGGCACAAAAUUCCACCCUAUUUUCUCCUUACAACAUGGGCAAAUUCAACCUCUCUCACAGGGUGGUGUUGGCUCCCAUGACCAGAUGCAGAGCGUUGAAGGGGAUUCCAAACGCAGCACUUGCGGAGUACUACGCUCAAAGAUCAACACCAGGUGGAUUUCUCAUCAGCGAAGGGACCUUGAUCUCCCCCACUGCUCCUGGUUUUCCCCAUGUGCCUGGGAUAUAUUCAGAUGAACAAGUGGAGGCAUGGAGAAAUAUAAUAGAUGCUGUGCAUGACAAAGGCAGCAUUAUCUUCUGUCAACUUUGGCAUGUUGGCCGUGCGUCUCAUCCAGUGUAUCAGCCUGGUGGGGCUCCACCCAUUUCGUCCACCACCAAGCCCAUAUCGGCGAGGUGGAGGAUUCUCCUUCCUGAUGGGUCCUAUGGCGUGUACCCAGAGCCUCGUGCACUUAGCACUUCUGAGAUACCUGAAAUUGUGCAGCAUUAUCGCCAAGCAGCAAUUAAUGCGAUUCGAGCAGGUUUUGAUGGAAUUGAGAUUCAUGGGGCACAUGGAUAUCUCAUUGAUCAAUUCUUAAAGGAUGGAAUCAAUGAUCGAACUGAUGAAUAUGGCGGAUCAUUAGCAAACCGGUGCAGGUUCCUAAUAGAGGUGGUUAAAGCCGUUGUUUCUGCCAUUGGGGCAGAAAGAGUUGCUGUCAGGAUUUCACCUGCAAUUGACCACCUUGAUGCCAUUGACUCUGACCCACUUGGGCUAGGCUUAGCAGUGGUUGAGAGACUGAACAAUUUCCAAAAAGAGCUGGGCAGAAAACUCACUUAUCUUCAUGUUACCCAGCCUCGAUACACAGCUUAUGGCCAAACUGAGUCAGGUAGACCUGGCAGUGAAGAGGAGGAAGCUCAUUUGAUGCAGAACUUGAGAAAGGCUUACGAGGGAACAUUCAUUUGUAGUGGUGGUUUUACUAGGAAGUUAGGAAUGGAAGCUGUAGCACAAGGCCAUGCUGACUUGGUAUCCUAUGGUCGUCUUUUCAUUUCCAAUCCAGACUUGGUUUUAAGGCUCAAGCUUAAUGCACCUUUAACCAGGUAUAACAGGAAGACAUUUUACACUCAGGACCCUGUUAUGGGAUACACAGAUUAUCCAUUCAUGAGCAAAGAAAGUGAGACAAAGGACCCAAGGGCACGCCUUUAA